AUGGCGGGUAUCGCAAAAGCCGUUCCGCACCUGAUGACCCUCGCGGAUCUCAGCCCCGCGCAAAUUCGGCACAUCGUCUCAUACUCCUACCACCUCAAACGGACCUCCCUACCAUGGCUCGUCCCACAGCUCUCCCGGGCACACUCGUCGAAGCUCCGAAUGCCGUCGCAGUCUCUGUUCAACAAGUCCAUUGCUCUCUUGUUCUCGAAGCGCAGUACUCGCACGCGUCUCUCGGCGGAAACCUCUGCGUCGCUGCUGGGCGGCCAGACGCUCUUCCUUGGCAAGGAGGACAUCCAGCUCGGCGUGAACGAGAGCGUGCGUGACUCCGCGCGUGUCAUUGGAGGCAUGUGCCAGGGCAUCUUUGCACGCGUUGGUGCGCACGAGGAGAUUGAGGAACUGGCGAAGUACUCGCCCGUACCCGUGCUCAAUGCGCUCUCCUCGCUUUGGCACCCGACGCAGGUGCUUGCGGACCUCUUGACGCUGCACGAACACGCCCACCUGUUCGACGCGAGUGCGAAGGCGCCGUCGCCGUCGAGGACGACGCGGCAUAACUUCUCUCAGAACUACAUGCCGCUGUCGGAACCGCGUUCGCUGACGGUGGCAUAUGUCGGCGACUCGGCCAACGUGCUGCACGACAUGCUGGUGACGUAUCCGCGGCUGGGACACAAGAUGCGGGUUGCGUGCCCAGCGGAUGAGAAAUACCGGCCGCCGAAGGCGGUCUGGGACCGUGUGGUGGAGCUGGGCUGCGACAAGGAUAUCCUCAUGACGAGCGACCCCCGGGAGGCGGUUCACGGCGCGGACCUGGUCGUGACCGACACUUGGAUAUCGAUGGGGCAGGAGGCCGAGAAGGAGCAGCGGUUGCAGGACUUCCAGGGCUACCAAGUGACGGAGGCGCUGUGCCGGGAGGGCGGGGCGAAUCCGGAGUGGAAGUUCAUGCAUUGUCUUCCGCGGAAGCAGGACGAGGUGGACGACGAGGUGUUCUACGGGCCGCGGUCGCUGGUGUUCCCGGAGUCGGACAACCGGAAAUGGACGACGAUGGGGAUGUUCGAUCUUUUGUUCGGGAAGUGGACGCUCGCCGUCCCGGAAAGGAAGCAGGAGCAGUGA